AUGUCGCCAGACACAGACACAGACAUCGACACCGUGAUCAUCGGCAAUGGACCGUCUUCCAUGAUCCUGUCGUACAUCUUGCACGGUCACAUUCCGUACUACGUGCCAGACACCCCGCAUCCCGAUUCCCUGUUGCACGCUAAGCUCAGGGACUCGACGUGCCUGCUUCGGCCAGACCUUGAUCUCCUGACUCACCAUUUUGCCGCUUCGUCGCUGUCGUAUUCCACUCAGGCGCUCCCGAUCAAUGUCCUGCUGGACUCGCUGGUACGGCCCUACGGCGAAGUCGACGACUCCGGAGACGUGACGAACCUGCGAUGGCUGUUUAAGCCGCAGCGCGCAGUGCCGCAUUUGGUCAUUGGCAAUGCGCCCAGUGCCGGCGGCCUCUGGGCCAUGGAGGACCCAGUGAACGUCAGCUGGGACAUUGAGACAUUGAGCUACGCCGGCAUGCUGUCCUUGCCCGGCUACACUUUCGCCGAUCAUUAUCGCAAAACUACCGGACGGGAACUGGCGCCUUUCACUCGUCCAAGCCGAAGACAGCUGGCUGAAUAUCUACAGGCAUACCCUGUGGAGACUGGUAUUGGGAACUCUUUUAGGAACAAUAUAAACGCCGACGGGGUUCAGCGCAUGAGUGGCGGUGGGUUUUAUAUAUCAUCACAUCGCAUUCGCUGCAAGCAUCUUGUUCUGGCUACAGGCAUAUUCUCUCACUUGAUCCAGCCACCGUCCAUAUUAGCGCCUUUAACGAGACUUCCCAGGGCCGAUUCGUCUUGCAAGUUCCCGCUGUUAGUGGUUGGAUCGGGAUUCACGGCCGCAGAUGCCAUCAUAUCGGCCCCUGCUGGCCAACCCAUCCUCCAUGUCUUCCUUUGGAACCCGGAUGGCCGGCCCUCCCCAUUGAAGAGCUGUCAUCAACAGGCCUACCCCGAGUAUGCAGCCAUAUACCGUCUCAUGAAGCGAGCUAUCCUCUCAUCGUCGUCCUCCUCUUCGCCAGGUUCUGGAAACAGACCCAAGACUCGACGGCUAGCUUCGAUCCCGUUCCUUGAGAGCCGGAAUUGGAACGACCUCUACGAAGGCCUGCCAAAUUGCGCCAUCGAAAGCGUGGAACUCAAUGGUGACCACGCUAUCGUGACAUUCGUACUGAAAGACGGGACAAGGUUUUCUCGUGCUGUCUGUGGAUUAUCGUAUGGAAUCGGCCGAAGAGGUUCUCUCAGCUACCUUGACUCGGCAUUACGUGAAGAGGUCAUGAAGGACGCAGAGGUUUCGGAUGACGCUACGAUAUCCGCGAAAACCCUCCGAACCAAAGUUAUGGAGGACCUCGAAGUCGCGCCUGAUGUCUUUGUCAUUGGCAGUCUGACAGGUGACUCUCUUAUUAGAUUCGCGUAUGGCGGCUGUGUGUAUGCUGCGCAGUCAUUGAUCUCAGCAUCAGGUGGCAAUAGUGGCACCUGUACGCCAAAACAACCCGCCGGAACCCCAGCAGGAGGUCGUGAUGCGCUCAUGAAUGGUGUCGAUGGACAUGCUCAGAGGCCUGGUUCGACAAAUAAUGCUCAGUCCGCGGUUGGUUUUCCGGCAUUAGAAUCUCCCUCCAAACGCACCUGGUGGAGUUCUAUUUACAGCUUGCUUUUUUAG